AUGAUCCCGAAUGGAAAGACGACGGCUGCAGCGCCAAAGCUGAGCGAUGAUGACCAUGUCGAAUUGGCAGAAAUACCUCCAUCCGGGCCACCGCCAGAGGAGGAUAUCAUGCAGCUUGCUCGUGUGGGCGACAUCGCUGGCAUAGAGAGGCUGUAUGCUCUUGGAAAAUUCGAUGCUCAGUAUUGCGACGAAGAAGGGAUAACCCCAUUACAUUGGGCCGCUAUCAACAACCAAUAUGCGAUGUGCGACUUUCUUCUGAGAGCAGGGGCCGAUGUGAACAAAAAGGGAGGAGAGUCGGUUGCUACUCCUAUAAUGUGGGCUGCGCAGAGAUGCCAUUACUAUACCGUUAACCUUCUGAUCCAACAUGGCGCCGAUUUGCUCUUGACGGAUGUCCAAGGCUACAAUAUCCUUCACCUCGCGACUUUCGAAGGCAAUAUCUUCCUCCUUGUUCUUCUACUUCACCAGAAUGUAUCAGUCGAUAUCACAGAUAGCCAUGGGCAUACAUGUCUGAUGUGGGCUGCAUAUAAAGGUUUCCCUGCCUGUGUGGACCUUUUUCUGAGAUGGGGCGCAGAUGUCCAUGCUACAGACGAGACAGGAUUUACGGCACUACAUUGGGCUCUUGUAAAGGGGUCGCAAGGCUGCAUACAGAAAUUGAUCGAAUAUGGUGCUGAUCGAUUUGCCGAAACUUCCAACGGGAAGACCCCAGCUAUAACUGCAGAGGAAAUGAGAACAGAGAGAAUAUGGCACAGGGCGUUGAAAGAAUGCGGCUAUGAUGAGGACGGGAUGCCAAUAGUCCCUAGUAUUCCACUGGCGUCGCGGCUGUUAAAAGACAAGCGGGGCUUUAUGACCAAGUUCUACUUCCUUUGGCCACUUUUUAUCAUCUGGGUCAUGAUCAUGAUUGUCAGUCAUAUGGUUAUUUUUGCUGGAGUACCUCUUGCCUUGUUUGCAGGUUAUUCUCUUCAGUGGGUUGCUCAACAAGCUAUCGAGUAUGCUCCAUCCGAUAUGAAACAUCUACACAAUACGCCUUGGCUUGCAGGAAUAUUUGCGGGAACCUUGUUUCUCGUGGAAGUUCGUUACCUAACCCACAUCCUUCCAGUGACCUUUUCAUCACACAUUAUCUCCAAUAUUGCCUUUUCUGUACUUUGCAGCCUCUGUACUUACUUCUACUUUUGUACGAUGUUUUACGAACCUGGUUAUGUCCCAAAGCUCGGGGGCUUAUCCGAGCAGAAAGCAGUGAUCGAUGAGCUCCUGAGUCUCUGGAAGUUUGACGACCAAAACUUUUGUGUGCCAUGCAUGGUUCGCAUGCCGUUGAGAAGCAAGCAUUGCAAGAAGUGUAAGCGCUGUGUAGCAAAGCAUGAUCAUCACUGUCCUUGGGUCUACAAUUGUAUUGGUGUUAACAAUCACCGCCACUUUUUUCUCUACCUAGUGACUCUAGCAACCGGGCUUAUUGUCCUUGUGAGGUUAACCAUAUCAUACUAUGAGGUGCUUGGAGAAAAAGGCAGCAACGAAUGCAAUAUCUUGGCAGAGGGCUUGUGUCGCAUUGUGAAUGCGGACCCUUUCACUCUCGUCCUAGUGAUAUGGUCAACUUUGCAACUGACAUGGGUCACUAUGCUGCUCUUUGUGCAGCUAGUUCAGAUUUCGAGGGCAAUGACAACGUGGGAGAAUAUGCGGGCAAGUCAUGGCCAUGGCGGCAAAGUUUCGCAAUCGAUCACAUCAGCCCUCACAACUGGUACAACAUCCCGAGCUGGAGCUCAGCUUGGAGACAGUGGCCUUGGACCCGAUCCAGCACUGCCACCCACUCAUGCGCCUGGCGGCCACGGACAUCACCACCACCAUCAUAGGGGGGGUUGUUUUGCACAAUGGAAGAGGAUCCUCGGUGUUGAUACCUUCGUCGAGACCGCAAAGAACGGGUAUGAGGGGAAUCGGAAUCGGUCACGCCGCAACCAAAACCCCUUUUCGGCGGGUUGUGUCCAGAACUGUAAGGAUUUCUGGUGCGAUCCAGCUCCGAUCUUUGGGAAGCGGGAAAAUGGUACAGCGUCCUUGAGGGGCGAGGUCGUGAACUAUACGACGAUGUAUGAAAAUCCAAGACUAACGAUGACGAUGGGUGGAGGUGAUACUGCGGGCACGUAUCACAGCGUGGCCGCUGAUGACUCUGUAUGA